AUGAGUGAUCACGAGGGAGUUUCUUUCUGCCCUGCCAGAGUCGACCCGUAUUCGCACGUUCAGGUGGCCGACUUCUCAAACGUCCAGUUCCUCCACAUACAGGACUCGGAGGAGGAAGCUGAACAAAAUGUUGGGCAAAGCGAGCCCGAGGACGAAGGUGUAGACUAUGGCCCAGUGGAGCCUCAGACCCCCGAGCAGGCUUUGUUAUCGCAAGCCGCCAAAGGAAAGAAGGCCAAGGGAAAGAAGGCUGCAAAGCCUGAGCCCAAGGAGCCAGAGCCAGUGGAGGAAGAGCAGGAAUGGGGACCCCCUGCGUCUAAAAAGAAGUCCAAGGGGAAGAAGGGCGCGAAAGCUGCAAAGUCGGUACCCGAAGAGCCGGAAGCAGUGAAGGAGGAGGAGGACGACUUUGGACCUCCCGCUUCCACCAAGAAGGGCAAGAACGCCAAGAAGAAGGAGAAGGCCAAACAGAAGGCCAAGGAGAAGGUCGAUAACGUGAAAGGUGUGCUGAAGAGCGACAAAGCAAAGUCGGAGCCUUCGGAACCUUCUCCACCCGCGGCGGAGGAAUCACCAGCUCCGCCAGCUCAAGAUGAGACACCGACUGAGCCUGAUCCGCCCGCCCCGGUACCUGCGGCUGAGGCGGCCCCCGAUGCUCCUGUCGAGAGCAAAGAAGCCGAAGCUCCGCCGCAGCCUGAGCCUGCUUCCGCCAGCGAAGCUGCGAAGGACGAGAGCGCCCCAGCAGCAGGAGACGCCAGUGAACCACCUGCUGAGAAAUCAAGUGAGGCUGUGGUAGCUGAACCGGAACCGGAACCAAAGAAAGAGGCUGAAGCAGAGCCCGCAGCCGAAGCUCCAAGUGAGGCAGUGAUUGCCGAACCGGAAGCAAAGAAGGAGGCUGAAGGAGGGCCCCUAGCCGAAGCUCCGAUUGAGGCUGUGGUAGUCGAGCCGGAACCAAAGAAGGAGGUGGAAGCCGAGCCCGCAGCCGAAGCUCCAAGCGAGGUGGCUGCUGUGGUAGCCGAACCGGAACCAAAGAAAGAGGUUGAAGCCGAGCCCGCAGCCGAACCUCCAAGUAAAGCUGUGGUAGCCGAACCAGAAGCGAAGACGGAGGCUGAAGCAGAGGCCGCAACCGAACCUGCGAGCAAAGCGGUUGUUGAACCGUCUAGCGAGCCGGAGAACACUACACCAGAGCCCGCGAGGGAGCCAGAGAGCAAGUCUGCGGCUGAAGACUCGGAAAAUACUGUUAGUGAUCAGUCCAGCAAGGCAGUGGAUCCUGCGCCGGAGCCCGCUGAAGCGCCAGACAGCGCACCAGCAGCUGAUACCCCUACUGAGGUUGUCGAUGAGAAGCCAGCUCAACCUACCGAGGCCGAACUCACGCCAGAACCUUCCAAGCAAGCAGAGAACCCAGCAGACGAGUCGUCGAGCGAUGCUGCCGGCGAGAAGCCCAGUCAGCAGGUCUACACCGAAUCAAUACCGGAGCCUGCCAAAGAAGAAGACGGUGGAGCAACAGCAGUAGAAGUCGAAGCAGCAGCCAAGAUCUCUAGUGAACCAGCUGCGGUAGAAUCUACCCCAGUCCCUCCCCAGGAAUCCGAAAACCCUCCACCGCCCGAGUCUGCGAGCGUGGCUGCAGCCGAACAACCUGUCGAACAGACUGAAACGACAGACUCGUCAACCGAGCCUCCGAAAGAGCCUGAAACCGCAAAGGAAACCGAAGUUGCCCAACCACCUGAGCCGGGGAACACGCAAGCUGCCGAGGUCAGCCCCAGUGCCGAACCUGUGAGCAACAACCCAAUCGAUGACAGUCUUGGAGAAGUUGCAGAACUGGAGGAAAGCAAGAGCCAUGCCCUAGAGGAGAGAGCACUUGAUCCGACCGAUGCGGAAGUAGCAAAGCCCGCAGUGCUCCCACUGGAAGAGAAGGCGCCUAUCGAUGAGCCUAAGACCGCGGUCGAAACCACAGCUGAAACCCCAUCCAGUCCGGCCAUAGCAGAAGCGAAAGCCGCGAGCGUACCAGCUGCUUCAGAUUCUCCUGCGGUGGCGGAACCCGUGACAACUGAAUCUGCCGAAGCAUCGAAGGAGGUGGAAGAACCCGUCCUCGACGCAACCACCGCGGAGCCCAAUUCUCCAGCUGAUGCUCCACCGAGCCCAUUGACGGAAAAGCACCAACUGGAAAGCACGCCCGAUGUGCCAGCAGAUUCUCCCGAUAAACCAGAAUCUGCGACAGUCGAGCCGGUUGAGAGUUCGAAGGAUUCCGCAGUAGUGGAACCUGAGAAGCCAGCUUCUGACGAAAGUAGCGACAAGGCGGACAAGGAAGUCCCCUUGACCACACCAAUUGCCAAGGAUGAACCCCCAGCACCUGAAGAGCCCGCAUCUGAGGCCGAUAAUGUUUCUGAAGUUCCCAAAGAGGAACCGGGCGAGACUAUCGCUGCUCCCCAGGAAUCGGAGCCCUCAGAUCACACAGCUGAGGCGGCAGGCGACUUCCACACAACUCAGAGCCAAGGAGACGAUGCGGAUGCGAAUGAAGAGCCUCAAGAAAGUAUGAAGGAUGAGCCUGCUGUUGCCAGCACGAGCGAUGUCGAGCCGUCAGCGCAAGAAGUCGCUUCCGAGGAGCCUGCAGAAGCCAAGCCUACCGAGCCGCAGCAGACAGUUGCUCAACCCGCAGAUGCUGUGCCUGACGACGAGAAGCCCGAAGACGAACAGGUCAGCGGGUCAUCCGGGGACCCGAAGUCUGAGCCCGCGAAACCUGAGAGCGAACCAGAAGUCGAGGCGCAAGACAGCGUUCCUUCAAGCGAAGAAGUCGAGGAACAGGUCGCGGAAGACAGCCCUGCCACAGAUGCCGACAAUGUGGUCGGCGAUGUGGAUAAGGUGCCGGCGGAGCAAGUCGCCCCCGAAGCCAUACCCGUGGACAGCCCUGCCGAAGAUGCUGCGCAGGUUGUUGAGAGCUCCCAGCCCCAUGAGGCCGAAGAGCCGUCAAAGAUCGAGAAGGCUCCAAAGGUCGUCGAGGAACCCGAGCUUGUCGACGAGCCGCAAGUUGUUGACGCUGAAAGUCAGCCGGGUCCUAAACCUGAAUCAACUGAUGAUGUGGUCGCGGAAGAGCCAGCUGAUCCGUCGGCCACCGAAGAGUCCCAGUCACCAACAACGAAGCAGGUCCAUUUUGCCGAGAGUCCUGAGGUCAUUACCGCGCCUUUGACUCGUGAUGGAGGUGAGACGGUUAACCACGAUGACCCUAAGGAUACACAGGAUGACGAUGAGCCUGCAGCCGCUGCCGGUGCUGAGCCUGCUGCAGGCGAGGGUGACGACAAAGCCGAAGAAAGCCCCGACGGAGAAGCCACGGAGGAAACUCCUGAAGAACCAGAGAACAUCUUGAGUGCCGUCCCAGCUGCCGAUGACUCAGCUCCAGCUAGUGACGUUGCCACAGCGAAAGACCCUGAACUAGCGGGCAUCAGUGAUGCACCAACCGCUACCGAAGUUCCUGCCGAAGACGUCCACGAGGUCGAGAAGGAAAACGACGCCAUCGAAGAUAGCGGAAUCGAAGUGGAAAACGAGCCAGAAAGCGCUCCGGCCGUAUCGGAGAUCACCCUAGUGAAAGCCGAGGAGACGCCUGUGGAGGCUCCAGCUUCCGAGGCCAAGGCUGCUGAGCCCAAGAAGACUGUCAUGGACGAAGAGGUUCGGGCGGAAGUGCCACCAAGUCCUGCCAAAGAGGAGGAGCCAACUUCUGCUGUGAUCGAAGACGUUGCACCGACGGCAACUAGCGACGACGAACCUCCAGCCGCGGAAGCUCAGCCCGACAGUGGCGACGGUCCGAAAGAAGUGUCUGAGCCCGAGCCCAUUCCAAGACAGCCAUCCGCAGACGAAGAAGUUGUUAAGCCUACCAAGAAUGACUCCAGCAGUGUAGUGCCUGACAAGCCUGAAGGCGAGAGCCAGACCGUUGAAGAGACUUCUGCUUCCCCAGCUAAUGAAGCUGUUCCCUCGAUUAAAGAGCCCGCAGAGGCGACCAGUGGCUCAACGGACAAGCAGGACGAUGAUGCGGGUGACAGUGCGCCAGCUGCUGCUCCUGACGAGGAAGCUGCACCCCCUAGCACUGACAAGGAGGCUGAUGUCCCAGAGGAGUCUCUUGUUGAGCAAGCGAUGUCGGAGACACCUUCUGCACCGACCCCUGUCGCUGAAUUACCAGAGACUGUUGCCCCUGAGCCUGUUUCCGACGUUGAAGAGACUGCUCCUGAUGACGACACCAAGAUAGAGCCUUCGGAAGAAGCCACUGUGGCUGAAGUUGCUGCCGAGAGCCACGAGACCGCCAAAGAAUCAGAGAGCGAGGAAUCACCAAGCUCCGAGGCGACCGAGGACCAGUCAGCUCAGUCAGACGAGGCUCAAACGUCAAUUGCUACCGAAGAAACCCAUGUGAGCCCGUCAGCAGAAGAUGAGGGUAGCGAGGAAAAAGCGGCUCCUGCUUCAGACGCCCAACCUCUGGAGGAGGCCUCGGUCGAGAAAAGCACAGCUGCUAUCGAACCCGAAGAAGGGGCUCCUGUGAAAGACUCUGAUCCUAGUCCAGCCGCAUCUCAAGAAAAGCCGCCAGCUGAGCAGAGUGCUGCUGUCGAGGAUAGCCCAACUCCCAAAGAACCUUCCAGCGAGAAACUUGUCGACGAGACGGCGGAGAAGCUAUCGCCAGAAAAGAAGAGCGAGAGCGUUAUUGAGCCACCAGUUGAAGAGACCAAGACGAUUGAGGACGGUCCAGCUCCUGAAGCUAUGCUGACCGAGAGCGCAACGGAGAAGGAAGCAGAGCAGCCGCCUUCAGAGAAGGGUGACAGUGCGGAAGAACCACCAAGUACUGCUCCUCAGCCUGAGGUCACUGCCAUCGCCACUGAAGGUGAACCAGCAGCCGACAAGUCAGAGGAAGUCACAGAGAAGCCAAAAGAGCUCGCACCUUCGGCAGAGGCUCCUGCAGAACCGGCAGAGCCUGAAGUCGUGAAGAAGGUACUUGCUAAGCCUCAGCCCGAUGCCGCUGAGACUGAGGCACAGAAGGAGGACGAUGUGCCCGCUGUUGAGGCAGUGCCCGAAGAGCCGAAGAAGGAGGUUGAGCCUGCGGUAAUGGAGCCUGCCCAGAGCAAGCCAUCCGAAGAGAGCGAACCAGCCGCAGCCGAAGUCACCAAAGAUGCUGAACCGGACGUAGCGAAGGAAGAGACCGCACAGCCCGAGCCGGCCGUAGUCGAGAGCGAACCACUAGCAGUUGCCCAGCAACCAGAGGAGGUAGCACCGACCGAGUCCAAACCAGCCCCUGCGGAAGCAACAGCGGUGCCAGAUGAAACACCAAAGGAGGAACCUCCAGCCGAGCCUGAAGCUGUUGCGGAGGUUGUCGUUGAACCGGCUCAAGAAUCCAAGGAAGAGGCUCCAGUGGAAGCAAAGCCAGUGCCAAAUGAGACCACAAGGGACGAAACCACAACAGAGCCUGAAGCUGUUGCCAAGGAUGCCAUCGAACCGGCUCAGGAAUCCAAGGAAGAGGCUCCAGUACAGGACCAAGCGCAGCCAAAGGAGGCCGAAAAGGCCACAGAGACCGCCGCUGCUGAAGUCGUCGCUGAGCCUACAGAGACUAAGCCCGCUGAAGUACCCGCUGAGGCUAAGCCCGUUGAAGCACCCGCUGAGGCCAAGCCAGAGCAAGUCGAAGACAAGACCAAGGACGUCGAAAAGGCACAGGAAGAGGAGGAGAGCAAGGAUACCGUCGGACCGAUCCCAAGUGAGGAAAAGCCUGUCAAGAGGGCAACGUUUAAAGGUAAGGACCAUACCCUCCCCAGUGCUUUUGGAGAUACCCCAGGUGUUAAGUUGCUUGCUUUUGGUGGAGGUGUCCCUGGGUCGGUUCCUGCGGAUGUUUUGUCGUUGGAGGAGAAGGAAGAGGAUGUGAUUGAGGAGCAGGGGCAGGAUGGCGCGGUUGAGGAGGAGGGGGCGCCGAGUGAACUACCGGCUAUCAGUACAGGUGCAUCUGAGCCUGCUCAGCUUGAUGACACCAAAGAGGAUGUCGAGAAGUCGGCUACACCCCAAGAGAGUGGUGUCGAGCAACUUGAGGAUGUUGGGGAUUCGCAGCUCCUCCCUCAGAAGAGCGGCGAGAACCCCAUUACCGGAGAUCCGCUUGAGGGUGAGACUGUUGUGCCGGUGUCAGGUACCGAGGAGGCGGACGAUCCAAGUCAAGAACCGGUAUUUGAGCAUGCCUCAAUCACCGAAGUCGACCCAGACGUUCUCGAAGACGAACGGGCAAGUCCAACUGCGCAGAUCCUGGAUCAUGCCGACGACUCUCCAGCGCUCUUGCAGGAAGUUUCUGUCACGGAUGCUGCACAGGAAUCCAAGGAAAUAGUCUCUAUUCCGCCAGUAUCAGUCGAGGCCGGUCCGGCGGUGGUCAUCGAUGAUCCCUCGCCCACCACGCCCCAAGCAGAAGUCGACACCCCGAUCUCGACAACGCAAGGACUGCCUGAUGUUGACGAUGCACGGCCGGAGAGCCCCGAACUACCCGACUACCUGCCGCAGGCACCGUUGUCAGACGAUCAACAACUGCAUGAGCCUGAAGAAAACGACCAGUCCUCGCCUUUACCACCCGAAGUUGUUGAGCAGGAAGACAAGCCAUCCCCAGCAGAGGUACCCAAGGAUCUUGACGUGGACAUCGCACCGCCUGAAGAUUCUACUGAGCCCGAAAUGCUCGGAGUUGGCUCGGAAGACGCACCUCUCCUGGAGCUAACGCCGGACAAUUCUGGCAGCGGCCAGCCAGCCAUUGAGGCUUCGAGUACAUCGGUGAUCGUGGAGUCGAAUGACCAGGAGUCACCCGAGGUAGCGGCAGAGCCCACCACUCCGGAGUUGGCGAAUGAACUGUCACUAGCUGAUGCUGCCGUCCAGCAACCAGCAGAAGCAACUGAAGAAGUCAAGAGUUCCCACGAGGAACAUAAUCCUAAUGACAGCCCUCAUGAGCCAGAGAUACAUGAUGAGGCAAUCACAUCAGCAGCGAACCCAUCCUUGCCUGAACAGUCAGUGGAUCUCCCGACGCAGCUCGUCGAAGAUGCCCCUGAGGCCUUCGAGAUACCCGAUGAACCGGAGGAAUCGCUCGACCUGGGUGAGCCAGAAAGUCCACUUGAUCCUGAUACUGAGGUGCCGUCUGGGAACCUGGAUAUCGACGAGAAGGCUGCCCGCAUCUCGGACACGUUGCCGCGAGAAGCCACUCUUUCGAUAGACGACAGCGAUCAGCAUUUGCAGUCUGAAGUGGCACCAACUGCAACAGAGACCGAUGAUACCCAAGACGUUGUAGAGCGAGCAACUGAUGAGGAGGAGCCCGCAGUCAGCGGGGCUCUUGAUGAAAGCCACAUCAUCACUCCGCAGGCUCCAGAGGUGAGCGAGAAUGCCGUCACCGCGGAGCCAGCAAGCGAUGCGGAAGCCCCGCAAGAGGCCUCAUCUCCGGUCGAACAUAGUCCGACGGUCCUGCCACCGAAUGAGGAGGCCGAAGUCGCAGAGUCAAGCCUUGAUGAACAGAUGAAGGAGUCGCAUGAGCCGGACAGCCCUCGAACAACGGUCACGCACGAGAAGCUUGGCGAACAAAACAUACAUCCCAGCUCAGAUGAGCCAGAACAGCUUGUACGGCAUGAGGAGAAAGACACAAACAUCUUUCCGCCCUUGGAGGCUCAUGUAGCCGAGUCCGAACCGAUCGCAGUUGGCCAGCCGAGUGACGUGGAUUUGAAGCAGCCAGUGCAACCACCUACCGCGGAUGAGCCUAUUGAAGUCCAAGCUGUCUUGGAGCCAAGCACCAUCGAAGCCAGUACGGCCCAAUUGCCUGGGCACGCUUCCCUCCGUACAGAUGCGAAGGUUCCUCAGCCAUCUAAGGACGAGAAUGCUGUUGAAGAGGCGCCGACGGAGCCACAAGCUGAGCCGAUCGCCAAAGACGAAUCCACGUCUGAUGCCCAAGCUCCGAUCAUUUUCAACGCCGAACCGGCACAAUUCCCAGAUGAAGUCUCAAUCACCCCUCAGAUAGAGGUCGAGCACGCCGAGCUGGUGGAGCCAGAUGUCAUCUCGGCCCCGCAGCCCGACAAGAGCACAGCCGAGUCAGAGGUCCCCGAGACAGAGAUUGAUGAGACCGCAGACGCUCAGACUGACCCCCAAGCCGAGCCUCUGGCACAACCUGCGGCGGAGAACGAGCCAGUACCUAUUCCAGCUCUGGAGACACAGCCCGAACAAGCUCCCAGUGACAUCGUGGCCGACGAUUUUGCACCGGUCCAUCUCUCUGAGCCAGAAGGCGGAAGGGGUGCCCCCGAGUCAUUGAUCACCGAUGAGAAGCACUUACCAGACUCGGAUCCGUCCACUCUGGACAAUGAAGUCGCGUCUGAAACCAUUCAUGUGCCCAACGCACUCGCUGAGACCGAUUCAAGGAAUGAGAUCGCCUCGGACGACAUUAUUCCUGGCGAGGAUAAAACGGCUCCAUCAAAGGACGUUGACGGCCCUUCGUCAGAAGUAGGAUCCCAAGUCGUCGAGAGCGAGCCCAUUGUCGAUGAAGAAUCUGUUGCCUCAAAGCCACCAGUCGUUCCAGAGCUGCCUGCGGAGACCACACCUGCGGAGACUGAGCCUCCCGAAGCCGAGCUUUCUAUCCAAGAGGAGCCUGCUAUCCAAGAGGAGCCUGUUGUCCAAGAGGAGCCUGCUGUCCAAGAGGAGCCUGCUGUCCUAGAGGAGUCCGAUGUUCUAAAGGAGCCUGCUGCUCUCGAGGAACCUGCUGUCCAGGUAGAGCCUGUCGUCCAAGAGCAUUCUGCUACCCCAGAGGAGCCUGUUGUUCAAGAGAUGCCUCUUGUUCAUGCGGAGCCUGUCGUCCAAGAGGAGCCUCUCGUUCACGAGGAACCUAUCAUUGCAGAGGAGCCUGUCGCUGCACAGGAGCCUGUCAUUGCAGAGGAGCCUGUCAUUGCAGAUGAGCCUGUCAUUUCAGAGGAGCCUGUCAUUUCAGAGGAGCCUGUAGUUGCACAGGAGCCUGCCAUUAAGCAGAUUGGGGCUGUCGAGGCAGAGCCAACAGUGAAUCAAAAGCAGCGUAUCGCCGCAGAGGAUUCUAUCCCCGAAGAACCUGUUCCAGCUUCAAACGAUCCGUCGUCAGUGCCAGAAACAUCCCCGCUGCAAGACACUCAGGAACGGGCAAUUCUGGAGUCCUCCUACGCCGAGCCUGCACUGGUUGAAGUGGUCUCAGAUGUGGACGCUCCACCGGCAGAACAGACCGCAUCCCACGUGCAGGAUGAGGCGGACGACUCGCCGGAACCUGUCUUUAAAAGCAAUGACCCAACCGACGAACAGGCAGAUCCGCCCGAAGGCAAGAGUACUGAGUCGACGCUCCCAGGGGAUCCGGACGCACUUGGCGAGUUUAUUGAGACCCAAUUCGUACCAAAAGACGACGUGGAGACGCCCCCGGAUCUGGUCGAUGCGUUAGCCGCUGAGGCAGAGGGGCCGGCUCUGCAAGAGCCUGUACAAGAAGUAGCCCAGGUGCCUAUCGAAGAGCCCGUACAUGAGACCGCUGAAGUGCCGAUUCCGGAGCCCGUAGAAAUUCUGGCUCAGAGACCUGAAGAAGAGCCUUUGCUCGCUGGCCAGUCAGAUGGGAAGCUCGCGGAGGAUCCAGUUGAGCAACCUGUACCUGAGAUUUCUCAUGGAAAGGUCCAAGAGCCCAGCCAAGAAGCUGAGCAGCCCGUACCCGAGCUUUCCCAUGAGAAGGUUCAAGCGCCCAGCCAAGAACCGACCUCGGGGCCAAUCGAGAUUUAUGAUCUACAGUCAACAAGCCAGCCUGUCCACAGCAUUGUUGAGCCUCGAGCCGAGGCCCAAGAACCAGUUCAAAAGCCCGCAAUUGACGUUAUCGACGUUGUCGUGCAGAAUGAACCUCUCGAGAAGCUUGCACAUGAGACUGUCGGAGAGCAUGUCGAUGGGCCAGUUGCUACGAAGUCCGAACAAGUUGCAGAUCCAUCCAACGAAGCUGUCGGCGAGUCUGCUCAAGAACCUUCGCUGGAAGCCGUGCAGGAGGCCAUCCGUGAGAAACGUCAAGAAUCUGUCGAAGCGCCCGUUCAAGUGCCUACUGAAAAGUCAGGCUGGUCUGAGUUGUCAACCGCACUCCAGUCCCAGAUAGAAACAACUGGUGCUGAUGAGGAGCCACCGCUUGUCACGCAACCUACAUCACUUAUCGACUUCGUACCGGUUGAGCCGUCUUCUGUAUAUGUCGUGCCGACGAGCCCCCAUAUUCUACCUAUGGAGCACGAUGACGAAUCAGGUGCUAUUCAGUCCGAUCCACUGGGUAACGAAGUGCCAACAACCGCGCAGCGACCAUCCGCUGAAGGGAAUACGACUGAUGAAGAGUCUCAACCUCGGGCGGAGCCACUGCUGGUUGAAGAACAUCCUGAUCCCGGACAUGACGUUGCUGUUGAUGUGCCAGAGGCUGCCGAGGAUUUGCACUCACCAACCUCUCCUGAACCUGAAGGUGUCAUCCCUCAGUCUGUGGAGGGCAUCGAAACCGACAGCCCAGAUCUGGACGACGAUUACAUCACCAUUGAAAAGCCUGAUGGCGAUGCGCCCGAUGAAUCUCUGGGACCUACGGAAGCUAACUCGCUUCCUCAUGGAGAUCCUCCAGUCGAAGAUCUGGAUGCGCGAGACGAUGAACAAGAGACCUCCGCAGAGGCAAAGGAGCCAGUUGAUGUGGUGUCCGCGGAAACCCAGAGGGACAUUCCUCAGGAAUCUAAGAAACCACAUGCGAAGCCUCGAGAUUUUGCUCCAGAACCGAGCUCGAGUCCAGAUGAAACUCUGGCUGUCGAGGACGAGGAUCAUAAGCCGACACCGGUCGCAACUCUUGAAUCCCCAGUGAUGGAAGAGAGCCCAGAGGUACACGCCAUUGAGGCCUCAGAGAGCCCCGUCAUCUCCCGCGCCGAUCCUAGUUCCGAAGAGGUUGAGCCUCAAAGCUUAGCCCCUACGGUAUUGCCGGAAGAUAGUGGCCUUCGUCCACGAGAAACUGCAUCUUCGCAGGGUCUAGACAACGGUACUGAGCUCAUCACGGGUGCAUUGGAAGCGGCUUCGGUAGAAAAGGCCGACUUUCAACCUCUGGACGGACUCUCUAAGAAAGGCGAUGUACUAGCCAGCGAAGCCAUCCCUGAGCACACAUCGAAAGCGACCAAUGCUAAGGACGAUGUCACUCCCGAGGAGCCACUAUUAGGCGUGGAGAAGUCCCUUUCGAUCAAUGUGCCUUCUGGGGAGCCACAGGGGCCAGAGUCCCAAGCUACAAUGACCGAAGUCAUCCCUAGUGAGGGCGAGGCGCUGCCGGUCUCUGUCAAAGAGCCUGCGGCAGAUGAACCUCAGGUCCAACAUCUGACAGACACCACUGCGUCAGCUGAUCAGCUCACACCGACUCAGUCCGAUGAGAUCGAGCCAAAGGAGGCUACUCAAGCCCCCAGUCUGACCGAGGUAUCUGCUGAAGAUAUUGAGGCUCAGCCUGGUAUUGUUGCUACUAAGCCAAGACCGGAUGAAAGUCACGAUGCUUCUACUCCAAUAAAGGAAGAUAUCGAAGUCCAAUCUCCUGCAAUUGAGGUACCAGAAGCACAGGAUGACGUCCCAAGUUCGGAAGGGAUCAACGAUAGCGUAUAUGCUCCAGAAAAUCAGGGGCCCUUUGCCAGCGAACCGGUAGAGCAAGCGGAGUCGGUAAGCAAAGACGUCACGGCGAAAGAGGUUUCAAAUUCCACUCAUUCGGAAGAAGAGACUCGGGUCUCCGAUGCGGAAGACAAUGAUAGCCAUGAUGGGCUCAUUGCUGCAGGUGUUACCGGAGCGGCCGCAAUUGCCGCCAGCGGUAUACUACUUGCACACAAGUCCUCGGCAGACGAGGUCGAUUCCACAGGCUUGCCAUCUACCACUAAGCCAGCGGGGGCGGUUCGUACAGACUUGGAUGUACCUGAACAGAGACUGGUCAAGCCAGUACCUGCCAUUCCAUCCGAACAAGCGCAGAAUACGCCCAUGGAGAAGCUUCAGGAACCCGCAUCGGUAGCCGUCUCCGAUGAGGCUGAGACGUCCCAUAAGGAUCCGUCAGAGAGGGCCACAGUGUGGGACACACCACUGUCAGAAAGGGCCAUAUCUACCCUUACAGCUGCCAAACCUGACAGACUUCCCACGGAAGGACCAGCAUACUCUGUGACAGAAGGUGAUCAGGGGUCCAGUGAAGCCUUCGGUGACGUUGCAGCAACCAAGGAUGUUCCUCUGUUCUCCGAGAUGACAAUUCCUGCUGAGCAAGCAGUUGCCGAGCGGCCCCACGAAGUAACAGAGAGCCCUCCAGUCCCUGAAGAGACAUUUCAGGCGGCGCCAAUGGCAGGUGUUACGCAUGCGCAAAGCCCCACGGAGAAGUCCAGGUCGCAGACAGAAGUAGAGCGUUCCGCUGCGCCAGUUUUUGCUGAAACAGUAGCAUCGAAUGUUCAUCUUCCCGGGUCGCUUGACGCCAUCAAGGAGAGGCCAAUCCCAGAGAAGAGCAGCAGACGUGCAUUGAAACCUCCUCUAGUGCAUUCUGGCACCCAAACCGAUGAGGCGAUCGGCCCUGACUUUCAAUUCGGGUCCUUCCUACCUGGACUUUCUCACUAUGAGAACCCAGAACCACGACCGACCACUCCAGCCGUUGUUCUACCCGACCUUGCGGACCCAAAGGCCAAAGCAUUGGGCCGUGCCAGAAGCAUCAGAAAACAACGCCGGAGAACGUUCAGGCAAGCAGAAGAGACUGUUGCUGCUGCCGUCGUCAUCUAUGCCGCGUCUCAAGAGAUUAGCCCGCCACCAAGCCCCGGACUGGGUAGUUCCCAACUUGAGAGAAGCCUUGCAGCAGCUAUCAAGAUAGCACAGGAGCCGACUCGGGGAUUUCCAGAUGUUGUUUCAUCAGGUGUGGCAGGAGAUCGUAGCGUUGACCAGAAUGACGUUUCACUCACUGUUGCUGACCUUUCGACAGAUGACGACGGAAAGAAAUCCACGGACGAGGCCAAGGAACGACACCAUCGACACCGCCGACGCCAUCAUCAUUCUUCGGGCUCGCGAGACAGCAAGGAGGGGUCACGAGACAGCAAGGAGGGCGACGAGAGUCAUCGCCGCCGUCACCAUCACCGCAGAAGCCGCACGGAAAGCGAUGCAUCUGCGAAGUCAGGCUCAGAUCAUGCCUCAUCUCGAACAUCCCAGCGACAAGAUAGUGGUUUCUCGAUGGAGAGCUCGCACAGCUCAUCGAGUCGUAGACACCGGACCCCCGAAGAGCAGGCCGCCCACGACAAGCGCAAGGAAGAGCGGCGCGCAGCUCGUGACGCUCGUGACAAUGAAAGGGAGGCCAAGGGCAAAGAGCCCGAGACCCCUUCCGGCGAUCGACAUUCGCACCGCAGCUCCAAACGCCACAGCCAAUCCCACUCUGAGCGACGGAUGUCCCUGAAGGACGAGUCGCCUGCCUCGAACAAGAAGUUCUUCGACAUGAAGAACGCCGAGAGUAUCCUGGCUCCUAGCCCGCCGCGCUUCAAGACGGAAGAGGUGCCCCGAUCAUCCAACUCGCCACGCUCCAAGACGGAAGAGGUGCCCCAACCAUCCAAAGAGCCCCCGAAGACCGAGACUCCCAAGCGCUCGAGCAUGACGAAGACAGAAGAGGCGCCCCGAGUAUCUAAAGAGCCCCUGAAGACCGAGACUCUCAAGCGCUCGAGCACGACCAAGUCUCAUCACAUGUCUGGCGACGUCUCUCGGUCCAAGAGCCACAGCCACAAGAGCCGAGGCGAGUCUCCCAAGAGGCACCACCGGUCCAAGUCCGAGGCCGCGGGCGGCGAGGCCAAAGCGUCCUCGUCAUCAGCGGCUAAAGCCUCGCUCGAGCCAAAAGACGACCACAGACACUCGAGACGCGAGGAGCGACAGAAGGCUCGCGAUGCCGAGGCCAAGAAGAAGCCGUCCACGGGCUUCCGCGCUGCUUUUAAGAAAUUGUUCACUUGA